CCUGAGCGGCGAGAGGGCUGGCGGGUCGCUCUGGGGGUCCCUCGGGGCUGCCCCGAUCGCUGCGGUGUCCGCAGGGCUGCGCGGCCCGGCCUUGUGUCCGCGCCGAGCCUCUCCCGGCCGGUGCCUUUGUGCCCGCCAUCCCGGUCCCACACCAUGGAGGCCCUACACACCACUGGGAUCCACAUCGCCGAGUUGCUGCAGGCCGGGCCUCCGUGGCUGGAAAACUUUUGGCUCACCAUCACCUCCAUGGCUGACCCCAAAUGCAUCUUCACCGUGUGCUUCCCGCUCGCCUAUUUCCUCGACCGCAAGGUGGGGGUGGCAGUGCUGUGGGUCGGGCUGGUGGCUGAGUGGCUCAACGUGGUCUUCAAAUGGUUUUUAUUUGGGGAACGCCCGUUCUGGUGGAUCCAUGAGUCGGGCUUUGCCAGCCAGCAGCCACUCACACUGCGUCAGUUCCCCGUCAGCUGUGAAACGGGACCAGGCAGCCCCUCCGGCCACUGCAUGAUCACUGGGGCAGCACUGUGGCCACUGGUGACUGCACUGACAACAUUGGCAUCCCGACACUCCAAGAGCCUGGUGCUGAAGCUGAUCCCCUUCAGUGCCUACAUGCUGCUGCUGCUGGCCGUGGGGCUCUCACGGAUCUUCAUCCUCGCUCACUUUCCCCACCAGGUGCUGGGUGGCAUUGUGGCAGGGGCUGCCCUGGGCUGGGGGCUGCAGGCUCACACUCCAGCCACGCGCUCUCUGGGUUUCUUUGCUGCCACAUCCCUGGGGCUGCUGCUGAGCUCGGUCGCCCUGCACAGACUCAUGGUUGCUGCUGGCGUUGACAUCGACUGGUCCAUCCGUUUGGCCACCGCCUGGUGCAAGGACCCGUCCUGGCUGCGCAUCGACACGCGGCCCUUCGCCUCCAUCUGCCGCGUGGCGGGCAGCGCGCUGGGGCUGGGCUUGGCUGCCGGAGACCCCCAACGCUGGGAUAAACCUUUGCCCCCCCGGCAGCGAGCAGCCUGCGCCGUAUUGGCGUUGGCAGCCGUGCGGGGGCUGCAGCACAUUCCCCAGCCCCAGCAGGUGACACUGUGGUACGCCUCCAGCUUCCUCAAAUACGCUGCAGGGCCCGGGCUGGUGGCUGUGCUGCUGCCCCGUAUCGCCCGCACCAUCACCCGCCCCAAGGCCCCCCCCCAUGCUGAAUAGAUGGGUGGGGGAUCCCCAGCUUUGGCACGGUGAGUCCUGCGUGCCCCCCCCCCCCCCCCCCCCCAGCAUCCCAUCUCAGAACGCCGUGCCAAUCCUCUCCAAAUAGGGGCAACCCUCAUCCCCCCAUGGUCAUCCUGGGGAGGGGGCAACCCGCACCCUCCCCAUUUCUUCCUGGGAGGGGGCACUGCUCAUCCCCUCAUCCCUUUCUGCCCCCAAUAAAGGCACUGUUGCACUCCAC